AUGGGGUGAGAGCUGGGAGAGUAGAGACCGAGAGAGGGAAAGAGCUGGGAGAGAGGGGGCAAGAGCUGAGAGAGGAGAAGAGGGGGAGAUAUAUUUCCCAUGGUAAAGUAUGUGUUGGUUGGCCUGUUCACCAAUGAUGGAACUGUCCUCUCUGCACACUAUUCAUGUCUCAGUCUCUCACACAUAAACUUGCACAGGGACGGCAGGUAGCACAGGGGUGGCAGGUAGCACAGGGGCAGUAGGUAGCCAAGCGGUUAGAGAGGUGAGCCAGCAACCAGAGGGUUGCCUGUUAAAAUCCCCGGUCUGACGGGUAAAAUCUGACAGGAAGUGAGCUGGCAAGUGGAGGAUUGCUGGUAUAUGUACAGUUGACUAAUAAUGUGAUCUUAGUCUUAAAGGGAUAGUUCAUCCAAGUUACAAAAUGACACAUUGGUUUCCUUACCCUGUAAGCAAGGUAUGACAGCAAUCCAUGCUUUGGCUUAGUUUCCCUGGCACUGUUUCCACGUGCUAACAUUUUGGCAUUUGUGGCAUAAAUCCCAUUCAAGUCAUGGGACCGAUAUUAUAAUUUUUUGUGCAUCCAGGGAAAUGGAUUGCUGUCAUACCUUGUCCAUAGACUGCUUACAGGGUAAGGAAACCAACACGUGAUUUAGUAAUUUGCGUGAACUAUCACUUUAAUCACACACACACACUUUCUCUGCAGUUACAUUUACAUGGACUUUAUGACUUUAUUUCAUUAUUGCCAUGAACGAAUUGUCAUCUUUGCCAUCAUCAAUCUUUAAGUCAUCAUCAUGUCAUUAUCAUCAUAAUAUGUUUAAAUGCUUUCUUUUCCUCAGUUUUCUCUUUCCUAGAAAUGAAAGGCAAGCAAGCUGCUUGCAUGGAGACAUCAGACUGGCUGAUAUUGGAUUAAGCUCAGAGGGUUUCUAUUUAGGGCCUGACUGGAGAGUUGAUACACUACUUUGUGGUUGUGUCCCUUGGAAGGAACACUGCUGUUAUAGGGAGAGAGAGCUGUGUUCUAUUUCUGCCUGUGGUGUUGGAGACAACUGAGGCAGUAGCAGUAGCAACACUGGGUUGCCCAUGCUAUCACAGGAUUUUUCAACAUCACUGCACUGGAUUGGACUCACACAAAGCGCUCACUUUAUCAGUCCUUCUGAUGUACAGUGUGGUAUAAUUGUCUAUUGGGCAUGGCUAAGGAAGCUAAGCGAGGGAAGAGGAACUAAUAAUUAAUAUAUCUUAGGGUUGCAAAGGGAGAGUAUAAUACUGGUAACUUUGUAAGUUUACCAGUAAACUGCCAGAAUUUUCAUAACAUGUAAAAUAUAUCAAACAAUAAAAUAAGAUGAUUUUGAAAUAAAUCAUUUAAAGACCAAGCUGUAAAACAUUAUCCUAAAUACAACCCAUCAAUUUAGUGAAUACUGUUUGUGUUUAAUAUGAGGGUUUCAGCAUGAAAUAUCCUUCAUAUUUGUACACAUAUGUCAAUAGUUGGAAUAGUUGCAGAGUUAAUUGAAAAUUAUGCCAUUGUUGAUUUGGAGCUUUUUUCGUUAAUUAGGCUAUUUUCUCUUUAACCAUAUGGUCUAUCCACUAGAAACUCUUGAACACAGCUGUAAAGAUUAAGAAAAAAUUAUUAACACAUUUUAAAAAAGUUAUUCAACUAUAAAUUACCAAAGUUACCAUAGAUUGCCAUAGAUUACCUGUUAAUUACCAAAAUUACUGAACAUUGGUAAAUUACUGGUGGUUUUGCAACCCUAAUCGAGCUACAGUACAUCUAGCAACAUCUAUCUCGACCUAGACGGGUGUUUUGCUGAGUGGUAAAGGGUAGAGAAGUAGGUCAUUCAUAAGAUGUUUGCCUGCAGGGUAAAGCAUACCGAAUCUCAGCGCAAGUUUUUACUCAAAUCCCAAAAGCCCCUCAGGUUCUUGCCUCUGCUCCAGCCGAUGAAAUCAUGAUCAGUGUUAAAAGCUUUUAUCUAACAGCCCUGCAAAAAAAAGUGUGAUGGCUCCGCACUCAAAAAGAUGUCGCAUAAAGUUGACUUCAUUUAAAAAAUGUGUUAUUAUUUUCACUGCAUCAGGGAAAUGUAUGUGUACACUAUCCCUGAUGCAGUGAAAAUAAAAAUAAAAAUCUUUAUCUUUUUGAGUGCAGACCAAUCACACCUUUUGCUUAUCUGAACUUACGGGUUUUACGCACCAACCAAACUUCUGGGAGAGCGUGAUGGUCCCCUUUUGAUUAGCUAAAAGCCCUGCGAAACACCCAGGAGUUUGGCCUCUCUCUCACAGCUCUCGUCUCCCCCUCCAUUCUACCACUCCACACAGGAUGCCAUUUAACUCAGUCAAUAGUUCAGAAUUUAAUAUAGAGCCCUUUGGAAUCCCCAACAGAAAUGAGUGGUGAGUGAAAUGCAGAGAUUUAACCAUUCAGUGUUUCAUUAUUUUCAUUAUUUCCUCACAGAGAGUGUAAUUGAGGCAAAGUAAUUGAGAAAUGUCGAUUCAGGGAAUUAAAACAGUGUGAAGAUAUGAGUCUUUAAAAGUCGCCAAGCUGUAGAUUAGAAUCUAGAGGCCUUUUCACACUACUGAGCCAAACCGAGCCGAGACAAACUGUACUAAGAUGGUCAGAGUACACAUCCAUCCACCAUAGUUGCUGAACCGUGCUGAAAGGAACAUUUUAAAGCACAGUUUAGGUUUUAAAGAUAUUUGUGUUGUCAUGUCUAUGGGAUUCAGAUCUAUGUUACUGAAGGAAUUCAAGGAAACACAACAGCAAGAGACAAGUAAAAUGAGCUAUUUGAGAGUAUUUCAUGUCGGUGAAUAAAUAUUUUCUGCACAUCCUCUGUUCAGAGGCGCUGUCAAGGAUUAUUCUCUGGCACAUCAGAGUGCACUCAGCAACUAAUCAUUUUUACUGUGGAAGAUGUAAGUGCCUUCUCUUGCCUGUCACUAAUAAUUUGAAUGUCAACUGUCAAACACCCAUGGUGUUGUUCCUAAGUCAAAUUUGAAAAGUCAUGUUUUUGGGGGAAACCGCGGCUGCUUUUUUUCAACACUGAAUGCUGCUUAACAAAAGUGUGGAGCAAAGCAGUCAAUUCUCUGAGGUGCCAUGUGGAAAUGUGGAUUUUACGGAAAUUAUUAUGCAUUAGUAAUAAAAAAUAGAGUUGGCUUUACGCUGAGAAAUACAGUAUUUCUAUGGAGAUAGUGGUUCUUGCCUAGCAAUUUGUUGGGUUUAUUUUCAGAAAUAUUACAAGCCAUCCUUUCAAUUGGUGUAUAAAAAAAACAAAUCCAAUACUUUAUAAUCUGUUGUCAUGUAUGUAUUCUUUAUAUAACCAGGGACGUCCCAUUCAAAUAGAAAUCCUCCUUACGAAGAAGACAUGCUCCAUUUAAGUACCAAUCACCAAAGCAUGUAACGACCACAGCUCUAAGUCAUUAUAACAAUACUAUUUUAAGUUUUACAAUUCUAAAUGUUUCUUGAAUUGAGUAGUUCUUGUGCGGUUACAUGCACACACACAGACACACACACACACACACACACACAGACACACGCAAACUCAUAGAUCUGUCUUCUUCUUUCCUCCAGCGAGGUCGUCCUCUCCAACAUCAACCACAGCCUGUCUGGCAUCUGGGAGUGCCAGGUGACCAGUUCCCGUGGCAACAUGUCCAAACAGAUGGAGAUCCUUGUGUUGGAGACGUCAGCACCCUACUGCUCAGCAGACAGGGUCAACAGCAACAAGGGAGACUUCAGGUGGGUGCUCUAACCAGACCAGACAGAAGGAUCUUUUCAGGUCAAGACUAAAUGACAAGGUCAAAGGUCAGCUACAGUGCAACAAGGUAGCCUAAAACAUGUCUGACCUCAUGUUGGCAUUCAAGAAGUCAGUGUUUUGAGAAUGUGAAAUGUGAAAGCCCAAUGGUUCACUAAACUCAGCUCUGCUGAAGUAGGAAGUUACUAUAGAAUAUUAGAUAACAAAGAAAAUGUAAACAGUGAAAUGAAAAACAUUUCCAAGGAAUGUACAGUGGGGGAAAAAAAUAUUUAGUCAACCACCAAUUGUGCAAGUUCUCCCACUUAAAAAGAUGAGAGAGGCCUGUAAUUUUCAUCAUAGGUACACGUCAACUAUGACAGACAAAAUGAGAAAAAAAAUCCAGAAAAUCACAUUGUAGGAUUUUUAAUGAAUUUAUUUGCAAAUUAUGGUGGAAAAUAAGUAUUUGGUCAAUAACAAAAGUUUCUCAAUACUUUGUUAUAUACCCUUUGUUGUCAAUGACACAGGUCAAACGUUUUCUGUAAGUCUUCACAAGGUUUUCACACACUGUUGCUGGUAUUUUGGCCCAUUCCUCCAUGCAGAUCUCCUCUAGAGCAGUGAUGUUUUGGGGCUGUCGCUGGGCAACACAGACUUUCAACUCCCUCCAAAGAUUUUCUAUGGGGUUGAGACCUGGAGACUGGCUAGGCCACUCCAGGACCUUGAAAUGCUUCUUACGAAGCCCCUCCUUUGUUGCCCGGGCGGUGUGUUUGGGAUCAUUGUCAUGCUGAAAGACCCAGCCACGUUUCAUUUUCAAUGCCCUUGCUGAUGGAAGGAGGUUUUCACUCAAAAUCUCACGAUACAUGGCCCCAUUAAUUCUUUCCUUUACACGGAUCAGUCGUCCUGGUCCCUUUGCAGAAAAACAGCCCCAAAGCAUGAUGUUUCCACCCCCAUGCUUCACAGUAGGUAUGGUGGUUCUUUUGGAUGCAACUCAGCAUUCUUUGUCCUCCAAACACGACGACUUGAGUUUUUUACCAAAAAGUUCUAUUUUGGUUUCAUCUGACCAUAUGACAUUCUCCCAAUCCUCUUCUGGAUCAUCCAAAUGCACUCUAGCAAACUUCAGACGGGCCUGGACAUGUUUACAUUUACAUUUUACAUUUUAGUCAUUUAGCAGACGCUCUUAUCCAGAGCGACUUACAGUUAGUGAAUAUUAUUUUUAUUUUAUUUUUUAUACUGGCCCCCCGUGGGAAACGAACCCACAACCCUGGCGUUGCAAACGCCAUGCUCUAUCAACUGAGCUACAUCCCUGCCGGCCAUUCCCUCCCCUACCCUGGACGACGCUGGGCCAAUUGUGCGCCGCCCAUGAGUCUCCCGGUCGCGGCCGGCUGCGACAGAGCCUGGAUUCGAACCAGGAUCUCUAGUGGCACAGUUAGCACUGCGAUGCAGUGCCUUAGACCACUGCGCCACUCAGGCCACAUGUACUGGCUUAAGCAGGGGGACACGUCUGGCACUGCAGGAUUUGAGACCCUGGCGGCGUAGUGUGUUACUGAUGGUAGGCUUUGUAACUUUGGUCCCAGCUCUCUGCAGGUCAUUCGCUAGGUCCCUCCGUGUGGUUCUGGGAUUUUUGCUCACCGUUCUUGUAAUCAUUUUGACCCCACGGGGUGAGAUCUUGCGUGGAGCCCCAGAUCGAGGGAGAUUUCAGUGGUCUUGUAUGUCUUCCAUUUCCUAAUAAUUGCUCCCACAGUUGAUUUCUUCAAACCAAGCUGCUUACCUAUUGCAGAUUCAGUCUUCCCAGCCUGGUGCAGGUCUACAAUUUUGUUUCUGGUGUCCUUUGACAGCUCUUUGGUCUUGGCCAUAGUGGAGUUUGGAGUGUGACUGUUUGAGGUUGUGGACAGGUGUCUUUUAUACUGAUAACAAGUUCAAACAGGUGCCAUUAAUACAGGUAACGAGUGGAGGACAGAGGAGCCUCUUAAAGAAGAAGUUACAGGUCUGUGAGAGCCAGAAAUCUUGCUUGUUUGUAGGUGACCAAAUACUUAUUUUCCACCAUAAUUUGCAAAUAAAUUCAUAAAAAAUCCUACAAUGUGAUUUUCUGGAUUUUCUUUUCUCAAUUUGUCUGUCAUAGUUGACGUGUACCUAUGAUGAAAAUUACAGGCCUCUCUCAUCUUUAUAAGUGGGAGAACUUGCACAAUUGGUGGCUGACUAAAUACUUUUUUCCCCCACUGUAAGUACUGUUUAGCUAGCAAUUAUCCCCACGCAUUAGGAAGCCAUGUGUGUCAUAUCAAUCACCAAAAUGCUAAUAAGUCUGUACUCCAGGUUUACAGUAGCUUGCGAAAGUAUUCACCCCUUUGGCAUUUUUUCUAUUUUGUUGCCUUACUACCUGGAAUUAAAAUUGAUUUUUGGGGGAUUUGUAUAAUUUGAUUUACACAACAUGCCUACCACUUUGAAGAAGUGAAAAAAAAAAAAAAAACUUGAGCGUGCAUAACUAUUCACCCCCCCCCCCCCCCAAAGUCAAUACUUUGUAGAGCCACCUUUUUCAGCAAUUACAGCUGCAAGUCUCUUGGGGUAUGUCUCUAUAAGCUUGGCACAUCUAGCCACUGGGAAUUUUGCCCAUUCUUCAAGGCAAAACUGCUCCAGCUCCUUCAAGUUGGAUGGGUUCCGCUGGUGUACAGCAAUUUUUAAGUCAUACCACAGAUUCUCAAUUGGAUUGAGGUCUGGGCUUUGACUAGGCUAUUCCAAGACAUUUAAAUGUUUCCCCUUAAACCACUCAAGUGUUGCUUUAGCAGUAUGCUUAGCGUCAUUGUCCUGCUGGAAGGUGAACCUCCGUCCCAGUCUCAAAUCUCUGGAAUACUGAAACAGGUUUCCCUCAAGAAUGUCCUCACAGCAUGAUGCUUCCACCACCAUGCUUCACUGUGGGGAUGGUGUUCUCGGGGUGAUGAGAGGUGUUGGGUUUGCGCCAGACAUAGCGUUUUCCUCGAUGGCCAAAAAGCUCAAUUUUAGUCUCAUCUGACCAGAGUACCUUCUUCCAUAUGUUUGGGGAGUGUCCCACAUGGCUUUUGGCGAACACCAAACGUGUUUGCUUAUUUUUUUCUUUAAGCAAUGGCUUUUUUCUGGCCACUCUUCCGUAAAGCCCAGCUCUGUGGAGUGUAUAGUUUAAAGUGGUCCUAUGGACAGAUACUCCAAUCUCCGCUGUGGAGCUAUGCAGCUCCUUCAGGGUUAUCUUUGGUCUCUUUGUUGCCUCUCUGAUUAAUGCCCUCCUUGCCUGGUCUGUGAGUUUUGGUGGGCGGCCCUCUCUUGGCAGGUUUGUUGUGGUGCCAUAUUCUUUAAAUUUUUUAAUAAUGGAUUUAAUGGUGCUCCGUGGGAUGUUAAAAGUUUGUGAUAUUUUCUGAUCUGUACUUCUCCACAACUUUGUCCCUGACCUGUUUGAAGAGCUCCUUGGUCUUCAUUGUGCCGCUUGCUUGGUGGUGCCCCUUGCUUAGUGGUGUUGCAGACUCUGGGGCCUUUCAGAACAGGUGUAUAUAUACUGAGAUCAUGUGACAGAUCAUGUGACACUUAGAUUGCACACAGGUGGACUUUAUUUAACUAAUUAUGUGACUUCUGAAGGUAGUUGGUUGCACCAGAUCUUAUUUAGGGGCUUCAUAGCAAAGGGGUGAAUACAUAUGCAUGCACCACUUUUCCGUUAUUUAUUUGAUGGUAUUUUUUAAAACAAGUUAUUUUUUUCAUUUCACUUCACCAAUUUGGACUAUUUUGUGUAUGUCCAUUACAUGAGAUCAAAAUAGAAAUCAAUUUAAAUUACAGGUUGUAAUGCAACAAAAUAGGAAAAAUGCCAAGGGCGAUGAAUACUUUUGCAAGGCACUGUAUACUAUAGCUUUCUAUAAAACAUUCCAAUUAGUUUCUGACUGGCAUUUUCCAUUCCAGCUAAAGCUUUAUGAGUUGAAAAGCUAACAGGCUCUCCACGAGACCUGGGUUCAAAUACUUUGAGCAUUUGCUUCAGUCGGCCUGGAGUGCCAGAUGGGAGGAUUUACCAUUUUGGGACUGUUCAAUUGGUUCCAUCGCAUCAGGCAAGCUCAAUCAAGCACAGAAAUUAUUGCAGAUAAUAUUUGAACCCAGGUUUGCUUUCCACCUCUCCCUCUGUCUCCGUCCCUGUCCAUCUGGAAGUCUUGAGAAGUUGUCUGUUUUUCUCCUGUCAGUCCUGUUUCCGUGUAUGCUCCAUUGUUGUCGUGAAUUGCUCGUGUACUUUACAACACACUUCCAGUGCAGCGAGCAGAGAGGCUUUGUUUCUGCUCAGCAGAGGCGUAAUGGGCUGGAAAAUGAGACACUUUUUUGGGGUUGGGGAAUUAGUGCCAUACAUUACGAAGUAGCCGGUGCCAUGAUGACAGGGGGAGAAAGCUGGACAGGUUCCUCUGAACACAACAACAGAUUUAUCCUCAGUCUCACCUCAAUUUACUCCCUUUGUUUCACGUUAUGAAAAAUUGCCAAAAUGACAUUGUUGAAAUGAAACAAGCUUGUUUUCAUUGGUAUUUUUUAGGGUAUUUUCAGUUAUAACAUAGUAAUGCGACAUAAUAACAAGGCAAAGUGUCACAUCUAUGUAGUGUAAUCGGGGAAUCAAGGCUUAUUGUGGAUCAUGGUGACAAUGAUAUUGAUACCAUAUUUUGUGACAGGUGGCCAAAGACCCUGGCAGGGAUACUGGCCUUCCUGCCCUGUGCUCCAUCCACAUUUGGCUCUGCCCCUCACCCUUCUGGUGCCGCUUCACACCACCUCACUCAGAGGGAGAAGAAGGCCUGGCGACGCUGUGACCGGGCAGGCCGGUGGGCAGAGGACGACUAUACCCAGUGCCCGUAUGCCAGCGAGGUGACUCGCGUACUGCACGAGCUCACCCAGGUAGGACUGCUUUCUCACUAGCAGAGACAACGCGAGACAAGGGGGUCUAAAACGGAAUCAUCUGAAUCGUUAACUAUUUUUGUAUUUUAGGUCAAUAUCGGCUUUCUAGGAAAAUCAAACUGUUAUUUAUACCUCGGGGGAACAAGAGAUUUUGCAGUUUCUACUUACAAGCAGUAGGGAAUUUUUAUCAUAGGGGCGGAACUAAACAAAAUCGGGAUUUUUUAAGUAAUAAUCAUUUUAUUGCAACUCUUUUGUUAACUAUUUUGUACGAACUUUGUUUCAUGAGAUCAUAUAUCUUGACCAGGUUUGCCAAUGCACAGGAUUUGACUUCCUACAGACCUUCUCCAGAUCUUUCAGGUUUCGGGGCUGUCGCUGGGCAAUACGGACUUUCAGCUCCCUCCAAAGAUGUUCUAUUGGGUUCAGGUCUGGAGACUGGCUAGGCCACUCCAGGACCUUGAGAUGCUUCUUACGGAGCCACUCCUUAGUUGUCCUGGCUGUGUGUUUGGGUUUGUUGUCAUGCUGGAAGACCCAGCCACAACCCAUCUUCAAAGCUCUUACUGAGGGAAGGGGGUUGUUGGCCAAGAUCUCGCGAUACAUGGCCCCAUCCAUCCUCCCCUCAAUACGGUGCAGUUGUCCUGUCCCCUUAGCAGAAAAGCAUCCCCAAAGAAUGAUGUUUCCACCUCCAUGCUUCACGGUUGGGACGGUGUUCUUGGGGUUGUACUCAUCCUUCUUCUUCCUCCAAACACGGCGAGUGGAGUUUAGACCAAAAAGCUCUAUUUUUGUCUCAUCAGACCACAUGACCUUCUCCCAUUCCUCCUCUGAAUCAUCCAGAUGGUCAUUGGCAAACUUCAGUCGGGCGUGGACAUACGCUGGCUUGAGCAGGGGGACCUUGCGUGCGCUGCAGGAUUUUAAUCCAUGACGGCGUAGUGUGUUACUAAUGGUUUUCUUUGAGACUGUGGUCCCAGCUCUCUUCAGGUCAUUGACCAGGUCCUGCCGUGUAGUUCUGGGCUGAUCCCUCACCUUCCUCAUGAUCAUUGAUGCCCCACGAGGUGAGAUCUUGCAUGGAGCCCCAGACCGAGGGUGAUUGACCGUCAUCUUGAACUUCUUCCAUUUUCUAAUAAUUGCGCCAACAAUUGUUGCCUUCUCACCAAGCUGCUUGCCUAUUGUCCUGUAGCCCAUCCCAGCCUUGUGCAGGUCUACAAUUUUAUCCCUGAUGUCCUUACACAGCUUUCUAGUCUUGGCCAUUGUGGAGAGGUUGGAGUCUGUUUGAUUGAGUGUGUGGACAUGUGUCUUUUAUACAGGUAACGAGUUCAAACAGGUGCAGUUAAUACAGGUAAUGAGUGGAGAACAGGAGUGCUUCUUAAAGAAAAACGAACAGGUCUGUGAGAGCCGGAAUUCUUACUGGUUGGUAGGUGAUCAAAUACUUAUGUCAUGCAAUAAAAUGCAAAUUAAUUAUAAAAAAAUCAUACAAUGUGAUUUUCUGGAUUUUUGUUUUAGAUUCCGUCUCUCACAGUUGAAGUGUACCUAUGAUAAAAAUUACAGACCUCUACAUGCUUUGUAAGUAGGAAAACCUGCAAAAUCGGCAGUGUAUCAAAUACUUGUUCUCCCCACUGUAUGAAAUGCAUCUGUUUAAAUCCAAGUGAUCUAGCCUCUUCUAACCCAAUGACUGUUUCUAUUUCCAGAUGACCAUCAACACCAGUAAUCCCCAGCCGUUAGCCCAGCAGCUGGUAGCCUUCACCAGCAGGGCAGGGGACUUCAGCGAUGUGAUGGACGUCAUCUUUGUCACACACCUGGUUGAGAGGCUGACUCGCCUUGUGGACCAGCGUAGAGAAGUAUGUAUGAUAGCAGCACUUAGCUGCUGCUCACACACACACACAAACACAUGCGUGCUUGUGCAAAAACACACACACAGCAUUUACCCUCAGCAUCCAUGCAGCAGUCAAUUUUUUGGUAAAUCAACAGUUCCCAGCGGGCUUGCAAAUUUGACCAAUCACCGCACUAUUUCUGCAUAAAACUGUCAAAUCAGUACAAAAAGAGGGCUCGCAAUUUCAACCAAUCACCGCACAUUUAACGCAUAAUAUGGUUCAAUCAAGCCACACGCCAACAAACCUUUUCCCUCGUCAAUGCAUUUUCCUGACAAAUUGGACAAAAUCAUUGCAUAUUGCCAUGUAUAAUGUCAGAAUUCCUGCAGCAAAAUCAAGCAUUUUUGCUUGCAAAUGUCAUAAAAGAAUCCCUGCGAAAUCCUGGAGGGACUGAAUAAAGAACCCCCAACUGUUUUCUUUGGAUGAACUGUUUAUAGUCCAAUUAAAGGCACAAAUAAGUGGAUGUCUCUUUUUGCUCCGGUAGCUGGCUAGUCUACUCGACUCCAGCUCCAUAAAUGCUAGACUAUGGGUGCUAAUUUCCCUGAGAUUUACAUUUUAGUCAUUUAGCAGACGCUCUUAUCCAGAGCGACUUACAGGAGCAAUUAGGGUUAAGUGCCUUGCUCAAGGGCACAGACAGAUUUUUCACCUAGUCGGCUCGGGGAUUAUAACCAGCGACCUUUCGGUUACUGGCACAACGCUCUUAACCACUAAGCUACCUGCCGAGAUGUCAUCAGUUCAGCAAUUUAGUAACAUGCAAUUUGAGGGGAAACUUAACAUAUAGUUAGCUGCUAUUCCUGACCUGGUAUUAUUUAAGCCUGUGAGAUGUGAGUGCUUUUCAGUGUUUUGAAAGCAGGGAUUUGCAAGAAUAGACUUCAGGCUUCCUGUAUGAAACUGUUCAGAUGACAGCUUAAAUCAGGGGUGUCAAACUCAUUCCAUGAAGGGCCUAGUGUGAUGCGUGUGAUAGAAGGAGUAAUACGAGUAAUAUGCAUCCAAAGAGUUUAUUCCAUCGAUAAACAGUUGCGCAAGCAUGCGACAACAAAACUCAGGCACAGGAGAAAUAUCUACCCUGGCAACAACAAGGUAAGGGUAGUUCAACCGAGCUACACACAGCUCACUACAAACAAUCACCCACACAGACAAGGAAGCAGAGGGAACACUUAUACAAUGACUAAUUGGGGAUAAGAACCAGGUGUGUGUGAUUAUAUAGACAAGACAAGUGGACUGAUGAUAAAUGGAUCGGCAGCAGCUAGUAAGCCGGUGACGACAAACGCUGAAACCUGCUCGAACAAGGAGGGGAGGCAGCCUUGGCGGAAGUCGUGACAGUACCCCCCCCCCCCUUGACUCGCGGCUCCAGCAGCGCGCCCCGACCCCGGCCUCGGGGACAGCCAGGAAGAUGCAGAGCAGGGCGAGCUAGAUGGCGACGGUGGAAAUCCCGUAACAUGGAGGGAUCGAGGAUAUCCCUCACCGGGACCCAGCACCGUUCCUCCGGACCGUACCCCUCCCACUCCACGAGGUACUGAAGGCCCCCCACCCGACACCUCGAAUCCAGGAUGGAACGGACCGAGUAUGCCGGGGCCCCCUCAAUGUCCAGAGGAGGUGGAGGGACCUUCCGCACCUCAGACUCCUGGAGUGGACCAGCUACCACCGUCCUGAGGAGAGACACAUGAAAUGAGGGGUUAAUACGGUAAUCAGGGGGAAGUAAUAACCUAUAUGUGACCUCGUUGACUCUCCUCAGAACUUUGAACGGCCCCACAAACCGCGGGCUCAGCUUCAGGCAGGGCAGGCGGAGGGGCAGAUUCCGGGUCGAGAGCCAGACCCGACCCGAUCCCACGGUACAAAGACGGGGGGCCUCACUGCGGUUGCGGUCAGCGUUGGCCUUCUGACGACGCACGGCACAUUGGAGGUGAACGUGGGCAGCAUCCCACGUCUUCUCUGCACGCCGAAACCAGUCAUCCACCGCAGGCUCUGGUGCUACGGUGCCAAAACCGGUUGGUAACCUAGAACACACUGGAAAGGCGUUAGGUUAGUGGAGGAGUGGCGGAGAGAGUUCUGGGCAUAUCCUGCCCAUGGCAAGAACACCGACCACUCCCCUGGCCAGUCCUGGCAGUAGGACCGCAGGAACCUACCCACGUCCUGAUUUACCCAUUCCACCUGCCCAUUACUCUCGGGGUGGAACCCAGACGUCAGGCUGACCGAGACCCCCAGACGUUCCAUGAACGCCUUUCAGACUGUAGACGUGAACUGGGGACCUCGGUCAGACACUAUAUCCUCUGGUACCCCGUAGUGCUGGAAGACGUGAGUAAACAGGGCCUCCGCAGUCUGCAGGGCUGUGGGGAGACCGGGUAGAGGAAGGAGGCGGCAGGACUUUGAGAAGCGGUCCACAACAUUUACAUUUACGUCAUUUAGCAGACGCUCUUAUCCAGAGCGACUUACAAAUAGGUGCAUUCACCUUAUAGGAUGGUGGUGUUACCUUGGGAGAGGGGAAGAUCAGUCAGAAAAUAAAUGCUAAGGUGAGACCAUGGUCGUUGUGGAACUGGUAAUGGUUGUAGCUUACCCGCUGGGAGGUGCCUAGGUGCCUUACUCUGGGCGCACACUGAGCAGGAGGAGAUGUACACCCUCACGUCCUUAGCCAAGGUAGGCCACCAGUACUUUCCGCUCAGGCAGCGCACUGUCCGACCGAUACCUGGGUGACCAGAGGAGGGUGACGUGUGUGCCCAGAAGAUCAGACGAUCACAGAUAAGAGCAGGUAUGUACUGCAGCCCAGCUGGACACUGCGGUGGCUAUGGAUCUGUGCGUAAUGCCUGCUCUAUAUCCGCGUCCAUCGCCCAUACUAUCGGUGCCACAAUGCGGGAGGCCGGGAGUAUGGGGGUGUGUCAUACAGCCGGGACAGUGCGUCUGCCUUCACGUUCUUCGUACCCGGAAUGUAUGACAAUGUAAAAUCAAACGGGGUGAAGAAUAGGACCCACCUGGCCUGGCGAGGAUUCAGCCUCCUCGCUGCCCGAAUGUACUCCAGGUUAUGGUGGUCCAUCCAGACGAGGAAAGGGUGUUUCGCCCCUUCGAGCCAAUGCCUCCACACGGUCAAGGCUCGGACAACAGCCAACAGCUCCUGAUCACCAACAUCGUAGUUCUGCUCCGCCGGGCUGAGCUUCUUCGAGAAGAAGGCACAGGGGCGGAGCUUGGGUGGCGUGCCCGAGCGUUGGGAUAGGACAGCGCCCAUCCCUAUCUCGGACGCAUCCACCUCCACUACAAACGGUAGUGAUGGAUCGGGGUGGGCUAGGACCGGAGCUGAGGUGAACAGACCCCGCAGUCUCCUGAAGGCUAGAUCCACCUCAGCAGACCAGCGGAGCCGGGACGGCCCACCCUUCAACAGGGAUGUGAUGGGAGCUGCGACCUUGCCAAAGCACCAGAUAAACCUUCAAUAGUAGUUGGCAAAGCCAAGGAUUCGCUGCACCUCCUUAACCGUGGUUGGAGUUGGCCAAUUACGCCCGGCUGAAAUGCGAUCUCCCUCCAUCUCCACCCCUGAGGUGGAAAUGCGGUAUCCAAGGAAGGAGAUGGACUGCUGGAAAAACAUACACUUCUCUGCCUUAGCAUAAAGGUCAUUCUCCAACAGUCGGGCCAGCACCUUGUGAACCAGGGUCACAUGCUCAGUGCGAGUAGCGGAAUACACCAGGAUGUCAUCGAUGUAGACCACUACACCGCGACCAAGCAUGUCCCGAAACACAUCGUUCACAAAGGACUGGAAAUCGGAGGGAGCAUUCAUCAAACCAUAGGGCAUCACCAGGUAUUCAUAAUGCCCCGUGAUUGUGCUGAAUGCUGCCUUCCACUCAUCUCCCUCUUGGGUAAGCACCAGGUUGUACGCACUCCUGAGAUCCAAUUUGGUGAAGAAGCACGCCCCAUGCAUCGAUUCAACCACUGAAGGAAUGAGGGGGAGAGGAUAACUAAAUCUAAUUGUCUCCCUGUUCAGUGGUCGAUAAUCAAUGCAUAGGCGCAGACCUCCGUCCUUUUUCUUCACAAAGAAGAAACUUGAGGAGGCGGGUGAAGUGGAGGGACGUAUAUACCCCUGACGCAGGGACUCAGUGACAUAUGUCUCCAUAGCCACCGUUUCCGCCUGUGACGGUGUAUAUAUGACUCCUGGGAGGUACAGCGUCUACCCUGAGGUUUAUCGCGCAAUCCCCCGCCCGUUGAGGUGGUAACUUAGUCGCCUGCGUUUUAGAGAACGCUUGCGCCAGAUCACGGUAUUCGGGAGGAAUGCGCACGGGGGAGGUACUAUCUGGACUUUCCACCGUGGUUGCACCAACAUAAACGUCUAGACACCUACCCUGACACUCACGCGACCACCCCGUGAGAGGUGGGGUUGUGGAGUGCUAACCAAGGGAUACCUAAUACCACAGGGAAAGCAGGAGAUUCAAUAAUAAAAAAAAUCACCUGCUCAAAAUUAUUCUCCUGGGUGAUCAUGGUGACUGGUAUAGUGACUUCCGUAACAAAUCCAGACCCUAAUGGUCGACUAUCGAGUGCUCUGAGGAGACGUGGAAUGGAGAGGGGAACCAAUGAAAUGCCUUGACGGCGUGCAAAUUCCCUAUACAUAAAGUUCCCAGCUGCGCCUGAAUCGACUAGCGCCUUACACUGGGGAACUACCAUGUGAUUGGUAAAGUGGAUAGGUAGGGUACAGUGUGCAACAAAGGGCUCUGAACAAGUGUGGGUGUUCGAUACCUGGGGUGAUGCGUGAGUGCCCUGCCUGCCGCCUCCAGGCCCAAAAGAACGUUGCCUACGACGUGUGGUGGAUUGUCCCUUCGUGCCACCAGAGUGGCACUGUCGCUGUCCUCCUCCGCUCUCUCGACCAGUGGCUCCACCCAGCUCCAUCUGCUCGAGGUCCGAGUCUUCCGGGGUGGAAAUGGGCAGACCCCUACCAGGACGUCCUCUGGCUACCAGCAGGUUGUCCAACUGAAUGGCCAUGUCCACCAGUUUAUCGAAGGACAACAUGGUGUCCCGGCAGGCUAGCUCCCGUCGGACGUCCUCCCGCAGAUGGCACCGGAAAUGGUCGAUCAGGGCCCGCUUGUUCCACCCGGACACCGCUGCCAACUCCAACGCGAAGUCCUGCGCAGUCCUCGUCCCCUGCCUCAGGUGGACCAGUCGCUCACCCGCCUUUCGACCCUCGGGCGGGUGGUUGAAUACCGCCCGAAAGAGGCAAGCGAACUCCCUGUAGUCCUCCAACGCGGCUCCUCCUUCGUUCCACACCGCGUUGGCCCACUCCAGGGCUUUCCCACAGAGGCAGGAAACGAGGACGGACACCUUCUUCCGCUCCGAUGGUGCCGGCCUGAUGCUGGUGAAGUAAAGCUCCAAUUGGAGGAGGAAUCCCUGGCACAGCACCGCUGUCCCCUCAAACGCCCGUGGUCGGGAUAUCUGGAUCCCUCCUGGUGCUGGGGUGUAGGUGGCUGGUUCCGGUUGUCCAGCUGGUCUCGACAGAUCGGGUCUGCUCCUCUCCAGGCGUUGGACAACCUGAAGAACCCGAUCCAUCGCUUCCCCCAAGCUGGCCAGCAACUCAGGCACAGGGGAAAUAUCUACCCUGGCAACAACAAGGUAAGGGUAGCUCAACCGAGCUACACACAGCUCACUACAAACAAUCACCCACACAGACAAGGAAGCAGAGGGAACACUUAUACAAUGACUAAUUGAGGAUAAGAACCAGGUAUGUGUGAUUAAUUAGACAAGACAAGUGGAAGUGAUGAUAAAUAGAUCGGCAGCACCUAGUAAGCCGGUGACGACGAACGCCAAAACCUGCCCGAACAAGGAGGGGAGGCAGCCUCGGCGGCAGUCGUGACACCUAGUGUCUGCUGGUUUUAUUUUUUUCCUUUCAAUUAAGACUGAGACAACCAGGUGAGGGGAGUUCCUUACUAAUUAGAGAUCUUAAUUCAUCAAUCAAGGAAAAGGAGUGUAAACCCACAGACACUCGGCCCUCCGUGGAAUGAGUUUGACAUGUGGCUUAAAUGGAGAUUAACGGAACUCGAUUUGAGAAACCGUACAUUACGCUAAAUGCACUCACAGUCUAGGAAUAAAAAGAGUCUUAGCCUGCCACCGUCCAGGCUAUACUUCAAAUCAAUUAGGAAAAGCUGUGUGUUUUCUGUCAUCCUUCUUUUCAUGCUUAUGACAAUCAUGCACCUGAGAGCUAAGUUGAUGAAGAGGUACUUCAGCUAUCCCCCUAACCAAUUCAAAAUGUAUUUCCUUUAUACCAGGGGUCUUCAACCUAUUCUUGCCUGGGGACCCCUGCCGAGGCAAACCGGAGGCCUAGGGAUCCCCAUCAUAUGUUAGCCCCCCCCCCCCCCCCCCCCCCCCAGAAAAUCUGUUAGCCCCCCCAAAAAAAAUAUCAACGUCUUGUCUUAACAUCAGGUGAUGUAAUCAAAAUUUUAAAAUGAAUAGAUUUAGUAGAUUUUUGUAUAUAUAUAUUUUUGUUAAUAGCAAUAUUCAUAAAAACAUUGAAAGUAAAAAUGACAGGGGGUUGCGGACCCCUGGUUGAAUACCCCAGCUUUAUACGAUUGAAGGCAACCAGAGGGUCUGCACACAAAAGAGGUCAGAGUAGUAUAGUGGAAUUGUAUUUCAAUUUUUCUGUGAGAAGAUCAUUAUUUGGAGCUCUCCUCAACACAGAGUCCUACUAGAAAACCUACCAAUACAUGGAUCCCCAGAUACACCUUGAUCAAUGCCAACCAAAUCUCUCCACCGAACAGUUAGAAUAAAGAAACUGUGAAAUUGAUGUAAAUAGUUCAACUGUCAUCACAAUGAAGUGGUUAUGCCCCAUUGGAGACCCUAAUCUAAAUAAAAUCUUUAUAUAAUGAAUAAAGUCACCAUCACCACCCUCAUCAUUCCGUUUUGGGAUAAUACAUGGCUUCUCUUUAGUAGAUGUGAUAGAUGCUAAUGGCAGAUCUACUUUCUAUCUUCCUGAAUCCUGUAGCUAGGGGACUAUAUCUCUGACAUAGCCAGUAACAUGAUGCUGGUGGAGGAACACAUCCUGUGGAUGGCUCAGAACGAGGCCAGGGCAUGUACGCGCAUCGUUCAGUGUGUGGAGCGCAUCGCAGACUUGGCUCUCACCAUAGACACGCAGGUCAUUUCAAAGGUAGGUAAACAAACAUCAAAUGCACUCACAUUUCUAUCAACUAUAUGUUCACUCUUUAACCCCUUAAAAGGAUACCUUAAAACGUGUUACCAAGAUUGGUUUCUGAAUCAAAGCUACAGUGAGCUCAGAAAGUAUUGGGACAGGGACACCUUUUGUUGUUGUUGUUUUGGCUCUGUACUCCAGCGCUUUGGAUUUGAAAUCAUACAAUGACAAUGAGUUUAAAGUGCAGACUGUCAGCUUUAAUUUAAAAUUACAGCACUGUAGUAUCCCCCAUUUUAGAGGACCACAAGUAUUGGGAGAAAUUCACGUAUAUGUACACUGCUCAAAAAAAAUUAAGGGAACACUUAAACAACACAAUGUAACUCCAAGUCAAUCUCACUUCUGUGAAAUCAAACUGUCCACUUAGGAAGCAACACUGAUUGACAAUACAUUUCACAUGCUGUUGUGCAAAUUGAAUAGACAACAGGUGGAAAUUAUAGGCAAUUAGCAAGACACCCCCAAUAAAGGACUGCUUUACAGGUGGUGACCACAGACCACUUCUCAGUUCCUAUGCUUCCUGGCUGAUGUUUUGGUCACUUUUGAAUGCUGGCGGUGCUUUCACUCUAGUGGUAGCAUGAGACGGAGUCUACAACCCACACAAGUGGCUCAGGUAGUGCAGCUCAUCCAGGAUGGCACAUCAAUGCGAGCUGUGGCAAGAAGGUUUGCUGUGUCUGUCAGCGUAGUGUCCAGAGCAUGGAGGCGCUACCAGGAGACAGGUCAGUACAUCAGGAGGCGUGGAGGAGGCCGUAGGAGGGCAACAACCCAGCAGCAGGACUGCUACCUCCGCCUUUGUGCAAGGAGGAGCAGGAGGAGCACUGCCAGAGCCCUGCAAAAUGACCUCCAGCAGCCCACAAAUGUGCAUGUGUCUGCUCAAAUGGUCAGAAACAGACUCCAUGAGGGUGGUAUGAGGGCCCGACGUCCACAGGUGGGGGUUGUGCUUACAGCCCAACACCGUGCAGGACGUUUGGCAUUUGCCAGAGAACACCAAGAUUGGCAAAUUCGCCACUGGCGCCUUGUGCUCUUCACAGAUGAAAGCAGGUUCACACUGAGCAUGUGACAGACGUGACAGAGUCUGGAGACGCCGUGGAGAACGUUCUGCUGCCUGCAACAUCCUCUAGGAUGACCGGUUUGGCGGUGGGUCAGUCAUGGUGUGGGGUGGCAUUUCUUUGGGGGGCCGCACAGCCCUCCAUGUGCUCGCCAGAGGUAGCCUGACUGCCAUUAGGUACCGAGAUGAGAUCCUCAGACCCCUUGUGAGACCAUAUGCUGGUGCGGUUGGCCCUGGGUUCCUCCUAAUGCAAGACAAUGCUAGACCUCAUAUGGCUGGAGUGUGUCAGCAGUUCCUGCAAGAGGAAGGCAUUGAUGCUAUGGACUGGCCCGCCCGUUCCCCAGACCUGAAUCCAAUUGAGCACAUCUGGGACAUCAUGUCUCGCUCCAUCCACCCAACGCCACGUUGCACCACAGACUGUUCAGGAGUUGGCGUAUGCUUUAGUCCAGGUCUGGGAGGAGAUCCCUCAGGAGACCAUCCGCCACCUCAUCAGGAGCAUGCCCAGGCGUUGUAGGGAGGUCAUACAGGCACGUGGAGGCCACACACACUACUGAGCCUCAUUUGACUUGUUUUAAGGACAUUACAUCAAAGUUGGAUCAGCCUGUAGUGUGGUUUUCCACUAUAAUUUUGAGGGUGACUCCAAAUCCAGACCUCCAUGGGUUGAUACAUUUGAUUUCCAUUGAUAAUUUCUGUGUGAUUUUGUUGUCAGCACAUUCAACUAUGUAAAGAAAAAAGUAUUUAAUAAGAUUAUUUCAUUCAUUCAGAUCUAGGAUGUGUUAUUUUAGUGUUCCCUUUAUUUUUUUGAGCAGUGUAUAUUAAAAGUAGUAAAAAGUUAAGUAUUAAGUCCCAUAUUCAUAGCACGGAAUGACUACAUCAAGCGUGUGACUCUACACGUUUGUUUGAUGCAUUUGCUGUUUGUUUUGGUUGUGUUUCAUGUUAUUUUGUGCCCAAUAGAAACAAAUGAUAAAUAAUGUAUUGUGUCAUUUUGGAGUCACUUUUAUUGUACAUAAGAAUAGAAUAUGUCUCUAAACACUUCUACAUUAAUGUGGAUGCUACCAUGAUUGUGGAGAAUCCUGAAUGAAUUGUGAAAAAGUUACAGACACACAAAUAUCAUACCCCAAGACAUACUAGCCUCUCGCCAUUACAAUAACAGGGAAGGUUAGCAUUUUUUUGGGGGGGGUAUGAUAUUUGUGCAUCUAACUUUCUCACUCAAGAAUCGUGAAUAAUUAUUCAUGCUGUAAUUCCUAAACGGUUCACCCGAUAUGGAUGAAAAUACCCUCAAAUUAAAGUUCAGCCAGCACUUUAACCUCAUAGUCACUGUAUCAUUCCAAAUCCAAAGUGUGGUAUCAUCUUUUGGCUCAAAAAAAUAAUUUUGGAGCUCAGUGUUGUUCAUCAUCUUUUUAGUCUCGCAGCUCAGCAUGAUCAGCAAACAUCUUUUUAUCGAUUCAAUGCAGAAUGACACUUCAGAAUGACACUUUCAAUGAUCAGCCAUUUAUGUUCAGACCAGGAAGAUAAACUCACUUACUCCCCUUCUCCCUAUCACUCUGUCUCCAUCCAGGUGUCCCCAAACAUAGCCCUGGAGGCCUUUCUGAUCAAGCCGUCUAACUUCCAGGGUCUUUCGUGUAUGGCAGUACAGAGAGCCCCCCUGCCACCCCUCUCUGGUCAGAGGGCCGAUGGGACCCAGGAUGCCAUCGGGGACACACUGCUCAACUUCAAAUGUCACACGGUCAACGGCAGCGGCUCCCCCGCAAGCCAACUCAGCAAGGUACAGGACAUAGAAAUAGAUGACUUGAUAAUAAAACAUUGAAGGAUGAACUUCCUGCUUUUACUCCACGGUUAAUGAGUACAACAUACACUCAAUAUGGCUGCCGGUCCACCCGUUACAGAACGUUGACUUGAAUGAGAAUGUCUGUUCUAGGAAUUAUAUUUCUAUGGUACAGUAACAGUUAAUCAAAGAUUAGACAUUUUAUUUCUGUCCUAAAGUUCUCUCUGUCUAUGUUUUUGUACAUAAUGCAGCGUAUUAUGGUCAAGAUUCAAAUGCACCCACUUUGGUGUAAGAAUAAUAGGGCAGUGCUCCUGUCUGGCAGACUUGUUGUCUAUUAGUCUCCAUAAAUUGACAUCCUGUUUUGCUGUAGAUCAGCCUGUGA